GGGCGGGUAAAUAUUGAACCCGUUCCUCGGAGGGGCUCCAGUUCGUGCGGCUCCACAAGAGGCCGAGUCGAAGCAGGGAGAUCGACACAGCUGUGGGAUUAGACACAGAGAGAGACGUCCACUGCGAACAGACGCAGACCCUGGCAGUCAGACACUGGAGGGAGACACUGGAGGGAGACACAGACACUGCACACAGACACUACAGACAGGGCGCUGGUAGUCAGACACUGGAGGGAGACACUGGAGGGAGACACAGACACUGCACACAGACACUACAGACAGGGCGCUGGUAGUCAGACACUGCACACAGACACUGGAGGGAGACACAGACACUACAGACAGACACUGCACACACAGACACUGCACACACAGACACUGCAGGCACACACAGACACUGCAGGCACACACAGACACUGCACACACAGACACUGCACACACAGACACAGACACUGCACACACAGACACAGACACUGCACACACAGACACUGCAGGCACACACAGACACUGCACACACAAACACUGCAGGCACACACAGACACAGACACUGCACACACAGACACAGACACUGCACACACAGACACAUACACUGCACACACAGACACAGCAGACAGGGCGCUGGUAGUCGCCACCGUGCAGGGUGGGGGAGCCAUGCCCUGCAGACAGAGACUCUACAGGGAGGCGCUCGGGCAGCAGGCGGCGACACCCAUCACCACCACCACCCAGCAGGGGGAGGAGGAGGGGGGGCUGGCUGCUCGCCCGCCCCAGGCGGCGAUGGCCUCCGAGGCGGGCGGCGCGGCGGCUCCGGCUCCAGGCCGGGCCGCCAGCAGCAGCAGCAGCGGCGGCGGCGGCCCGGGCGGCCCGCGGAGGCGCUCGGACCCGCGGCGCCAGGCGGCGCUCAGCUUCCUCUCGUCCAUCUCCCUGGACGGGAGGCGGCCCUCGCAGGCCCGCGCCGAGCCCGACACCCCGGCGGCCUCCGUCUUCUCGUCGCCGCUUCUGCUGCUGCCGCCGCCGUCGUCCGCGACCCCCGCGGGCCCCGCGGGCCGCGAGUCGCCGCUCUUCUUCCCGGCGACCGGGCCCACCGCGGGCCCCGGGGGCAGGCCCCGCGUCCCGGGCGGUGUUGGUGGUGGCGGUGGUGGUGGCGGCCCCGGGGCCGUGGGAGCGACCUCGGGCCCCGCGCCGUGCCCCGUUUGCCCGGCGGGCCGCGCCCUGAGCCCCGUGGAGGUCUCCGACCCGCUCCGUGCCAGCGUGCCGAGUCGGCGCCGGCUGCUGUCGCGGUCGUCGGUGGACACCCUGGAGGAGAUCGAGGAGAACGCGCCGCUGCGUAGGUGCCGCACGCUCUCGUGUUCCCCACGACCCAAGGCGGCGCUCAAGAAGGUUCACUUCAUCAAGAACAUCCGGCAGCACGACACUCGCAACGGCAGGAUCGUGCUGGUCUCCAGCAAGCGCUCGCUGUGCUCCGUCUUCUCGGUGGUGCCGUACCGAGACGCCAACCCCUUCGGGGAGGUGCGAUCGGACGGCACCCGACAGCGCCACCACUCGGGAGGGCACACCAGCUACCCGGAGCGCGCCGGGUCUCUGGGCUGGCUGGAGGGCGUGAACCUGGGAGCGGACGGGGCAGUAGUGCACGAGGCCGUGUCGUACGCCCAGUUCCUGCACCCCACCAGCGCGCUCGUCACACGGCGCGCCCACGCAGCCGGCGAGGGGGUGGCCGCGCUGGCACGCGGCGCCCGUGCGGGGACCGCGCCGGCGCCGCACCGACAAGCGCCACACCAUGCCGAGUCCGGCGAUCGUGUGGGUUACGACCCUGACUUGCUGGAGGACCCACAGUGGCCAUGUGGGAAGCACAAGCGAGUGUUCAUCUUCCCCUGCUACAUGACGACCAUCAUCGAGUACGUGCGCCCGUCCGACCUGAAGAAGGACAUGAACGACACUUUCAAGGAGAAGUUCCCGCACAUCAAGCUCACGCUCAGCAAGAUCCGCAGCCUGAAGGAGGCGAUGCGGCGGCUGGCGCGCGACGACUGUGGACUGGAGGAGGGCGCCGUCGCCAUGGCGCACGUGUACUUUGAGAAGCUGGCGCUGCGUGGGAAGCUGAGCAAGCAGAACCGCAAGCUGUGCGCCGGCGCCUGCCUGCUGCUCGCCGCCAAACUGGCCAGCGACCUGCGGCGGCGCGACGUCAAGCUGCUCAUUGACAAGGUGGAGGAGCGCUUGCGGCUGAGCCGCCGCGAGCUGCUGGAGUUUGAGUUCCCAGUGCUGGUGGCGCUGGAGUUUGCGCUGCACGUGCCGGAGCGCGAGGUCAUGCCGCACUUCCGCCGCCUGUCGGUGCGGGACUGAGCUCCGCGCCGCCGAGCUUAGCCAGGCGUGGCCAGGCGUGGCAAAGCGCGGCGCCGGGAGAUGUCGCCCGUCGGCAAAACCAGCAUCCGUGCGGUCAAGGCGGAGCCAACAUUAAGAAACUUUGUUGAGCGGUGGCACCGGGAGAUCUGGAAGACAUGGGAGCCAUGGAUAUGCCGCGUCGUCAUCCUGAUCAUUGUUGCCGGCUCCUGGCUUGGCUCCGCAGCCAUCCUACCGUGAUGCUGUAGGAGUUUCGGGUGUCCCAAGGGGUCCCCGCGAGCGCCCGCUUGACGACCUCAAUAGCCGCGUUUACAUGACCCUCCCUUUGCGUCCAGGGAGGUCAGGGAGUCUCAACGUGGGCACCACGUCCGCACCGGCUGAGCAGUGCUCCCGGACCGUGCUCGCGGACACCUGGGCAGUAUCUCCAGGCAUCAGAAAUGCAACAACAAUAAAAUAAAUAACAGUUUAAUUAAUCAUUCAUAUCGUUUGCGUUGACGUCACGCACAACUUCCUGUUCGCAUCCUCGUUGCUGGCCCGAUCUGUGUGGUUUACCCACCAGGUUAAGUCGGUUUCGCGUGGUCACAGGUAGGGAGUCGCACUCCUCCCUAGGGCUGUGUCGCGGCCAUAUUUUGUGCACUUUGCCCACCUGAAUUCCUGCCCGGUGGCGUCAGUAAAACGGUGGCCGGACUACCGAGCGCGCAGGUACCACGGCAACCCGAGUUCUCGUGCCACGCCUUAGAGAUGAACAAACCGCGGACAGUGCGUGAUGGUGCGGUGUGGCUCCGAGGCAGCUUAUAUGUAGCUACUAGGUGAUGCUGAUUGCUAGGAUUUUAAAGAUCAAACUUAAUGUGCACUCUACCAAAGUGUUUUUAUUAUUCGAGGGGGUUGCGUCGGUGACGUCACCUUGCGCCAGUUUCUUGACAUCGGCCAGCGCCCUUGCUCCUCACUCAUUGCUAGAAAACGGAAUGCACUGCCGGGUCACUUAUGGUGGAGUAAAGUGUGAGUUACCCCAUCUCCGGUAAUUCAUGUUAAUCUUGUCCAAUGAACAUUACAGACGAAUACAUUCGUCAAAGUAUUUUAACUUUUUUUACUACGAGUGGACGAAAGUCAUUGUGCGAUGAUGGCGACUGCAGCUACCCCAACGAAGACUAAAGCGCGACAAACUGAUGAGAAGUGAAAGAUAACUUUGUAACGCUAUCGGAGAAUGCAGUGCACGGAGCGUUCUCCUCGACUCGACUGAAUAACUAAACCAAAUCCACAGACUAAGGCUCGACUCGAUUUCCAUUGGUCGACUUCACUUAGACUACCACUAAAAUAACAGGUGGUGACUAAACUUGAUGCUGGUUCUAAUCUGUCCGACCAUAACAACACAAGCUGGAUAAACCGCACUCUAUGAGGGAGACAUUUACGUUCAGUGCUUUGGCCGCUAUGGAGAGGGAUCACGUGUGCAAGUGUGAUGUGCGUGUUGGCGUGUGGUCAGCUUCUGCAGGUGUGUCCCAACAGACGAGCGCGUGGCCUUGCCGCUGGUAGGCCAUGUGUGGCCGCAUGCUCUGCGGUUCUCAUUAUUUCUCCACUCCGAUUAGCACAGUUGGCUAUGUAAGGUGCGAAGGAAGUUUAACGUACAUACUUGAAGCUGAACAUCGGAUGCAUUUCACGAGCAUCCCUGGCCAGGAAUGGCGGGAUUUUGCGAUGGACUUUUUUCCCGGUAUACGACCGAGCCGUGUCGGGACCGUGCAGGACUCGCCUGGUGCCAUCCUGCUCCUGCUGGGCCCUGAGCCAGAUUCGGAUGUCUUGCGAGUUGCGAGACCAGAGCAUCCCGCUUUGGUUCUGGCUCAGCUCGGCAGAGAGUCAGUGGAAAACCACCGCCCGUACCGUGAGGGCCGCACUCUGGCUCGGCUCGGAUGUGCCAGUGGAACAGGUUAUUUCAGAACAAGGGAACAUCUGUCUUUGUAUAGCUUUAUUAUUCAGUCAGAAUAGCUGUUUUUAAAUGUAUGUAGAGCUUAGUUGGUGUACUCUUGUUGUGUCUAUGAGGUAUGAAUGCGAUGUCGAGUGUCUCUUGAGGAUGAAGCUAUUAUAGACACAGCGACAAUUUGCAAUUCACGCAACUGGAAGGAUUGGAGUGGUGGCAGAGUGAUUUGCACACUGCGCUAUGAACCCGGUCCCCCCAGUUCGAUUCCCAGCCGUGGCUAUCAUCAGUGGCAAGUGAAAUGUAUACCGGUCCUGGGCUCUCCCUUCAACCUGUGUUGACCGAUAUGGUGAAGUAUGGUCAAACAACCCCCAUGAGCAACAUGGGGGCCUUUACCGAGCAGUGGUUUUAUAAAAGACUGGAAUGUUUCAAGUACAUAAUACAAUAUCAGGUCUCCAUUGCAAACACGCUUGGUGGAUUGGGUGCGCAUGUGGUUAAAUAAAGGAUUUUGUUCGUA